AUGGAUUUGGCGGAGAAGCGUCGACAGUUGGAUGAAAUUCGCGCGGCGCGGGAGGCAAAGCAGCGUUCUGUUCAGCAGCAGCUCCAGCAGCAACAGAAGAAGGGCAGCCAACAUCAUGUGUCUUCCUCAUCCCUUGCGCGCAGCGGCACUCCGCAAUCGUCGAUGGCGUCGUCCGUGGGCGGGGAUCCUUUGAAUCGUGUGGCCUCGACGUUGUCGGCGGUGAGUUUGCGGGACGAGCAGCAGACGGGGGAUCCAAGGACGACGUCGGCCGCAGCGUCAAGACGACCACCGGUUACACUGUCUACAAGGAUUUCUUCUGGUGAUUUGCGUUCCAAAGUCAACCGUCGUGGCACGGGGAGUGGCACUACCGAGGCGGUGGGAGGGGAAGGCAGUGCGUGGAAGGUGGAGGUGGGCGUUGGGGCUUUUGCGCUGAAGCCAACUGUAGAGGAGGGGGAAAAUGACCAUAGCGUUCAAGAUGGCACGAUGACUGCCUCCGUUGUGGGUGUUUUGUCGGCCGUUGAGGUGGAGGAUGCAGGUGCGUGCGCCACAGAACGAACUCAGGAUUGUGAGGCGAGCGGACAGCAACGUGUUGUGCCCCCGCCUGACGUCGCAAUGCUGCUGGCACAUUCGUUGCGUGCAGAGUCGUUUUGCAACUGCAAGGACCGCUGUGUGUUGGAUGUUGUCAUGCUGGACCCCAAGAUUUCUGGUGGAAACACAGGUGUGAGUGACGAUUACAGCGGCUUUCUUGUUGCUUUUGCCCUUUCAGAGCCGCAUCAAGCGGAUGAACAGAGCGACAGUGCCCCCAAAUUGCACUCUGGGCGUGGGAUUGACGCACAGUCACUGUUACCACUACCGUUGUCCACCUCCACAGCAACGACCGCAGCAGCCGUGGCGGAGGUUGUCGGUGAGCUUCGUGGUCUUGUGCUUCUUUGGUGCAUCUCUCGCGGUAAAACUGGUGAUGCUAGUUACAGUGUUAUACCCCUGUGUUUUGACAGUGAAAUACGCGUUUUGAGUUACACACGACAUCGACAACAUUUAUUGUUUGGUGGCGCUGCGAACGGCUGUGUGGUUGGGUGGAGGAUUGAUCAUGCUUUGCAGGGACACUCUUGUGCUGUGAUUGCGAAUGGUUUGGAGCGUUUCUCGGUAGCUCCGUCUUUAAUGCCGUUGCCUGCUGGGAGUAUUACCGCUGUGGCACCGAGCGAACGGUCAUUUCCAUCACCACAUACGCAUCAGUCUCGUGUGAUUGGCAUGGCAGUUCACGGUGAUGUCAACUAUCACCAUCUUUACACUAUCAGUCAAGAUGGACGUGUUUGCAUGUGGGCGCCGCUACAGUUGGGGCUGCCUACGUCGAGUCGUGACGGGAUGGUGUUAGGACAGCCAAUUGGAUGCAUCGGGUCUUGCGCUGCAUUCGUUGAUAAGGCGGCCGAUGCGAUGAGCAAAGUUGUUGUUGGCUGCCUUGACGGUCGCGUACUGGAGGGGCGUACGAAAAGUUCGAGUCUCGUGGAGAUGUCUCCAAUCAAUGUCAUGCCGGCCUUCAGUAUCACAAACGACGUGUUGCCGCGUUCCAAUUCGACGCCAAGAACAUCCGUUGAUGGCCCCGCGCAUCACGCCACUGUUGUCGCGGUGGCACCUCACCCGCUCCAUGCCGACCCCCGCAUUAGCGAUACCGUGUUGACCGCUGCUGCUGACGGGAGUUGUAGUCUCUGGUUGGGCUCCCGGCGUAUCGCCAUUGAUGGAUUCACCUCGCAGGUGAACUGCUUGCGAUGGUCUCCGACCCACCCGGCGGUGUUUGUUGCGGGGGAAAGCAACGGCCGCGUCGCUGCGUGGGAUUUAUCGCGGAACUCGUUUUCCCCAGUGGCAGUGGUGUAUUUGCGAUCCGUCCCAUCUGCAGCGGGGUGGGCGAGCACGCCUUCCGCGACAAGCGCGGUGAAUGCAGGCUCGUAUCGCAGCGCAGCCGUCACCAACCUUGCGUUUUCGGACGACGGUGCGUGGCUUUCGUGCGGCACCGCCACUGGCGAGAUCCAUCUGCUGCACCUGCGAUCGGAUCUUACGGUAGAGAAUGCGGCGACGACGGCAGCCAAAGAAGUAAAGGCGGGCCCGCUAUCUUGCGCGCGCAACGAGGAGGUAGCAUUCAAGGAUGGCUGUGAUGACGCGACCGUGACUGCAGCAGCAGUCGGGCGUCAUGCCACUUCCUCUUGGAUUGACGCGCGGUUUGGCUUUUAG